AUGGCACCGCAUUCUCUUCAACCAUAUAGAAGUGUCACGCCCGAUGUGAAGCCCUCUAUUACGGACUUGGAACGCCCAAUGUCAGGUAAGCCGUCGGCUUCGCUCCAAUAUAUGUCAACGGAACCUAAUAUGACUAUAGCUUCAUCCCAACAUCCGAUGCCUACAACGGAGUCCUUUUCCGAGCCUUGCUACUCAGAGCAUCUCAAUAUCCUUGCACAGAGCAUGACAGCUCUCGUCAAGAAGAUUCAGGAUCUCCGUCACAUUGGCAUUGAGGAUUCUCAUAUCAUCUUGCCGAAGAUCUGUGUGAUUGGUGAUCAGAGCACCGGAAAGAGUUCGCUCAUUGAGGGAAUGAGUGAAAUCAAGGUUCCAAGGAGCUCUGAUACUUGCACUCGUUGUCCGAUGGAGAUAAAUCUAUCCGAGAGUGAGGCCGGACAGUCUUGGACUUGCCGUGUGUACCUCUCUCGGAAGUACAUAUACGACGGCUCCAGGAAAAUAGGGAAGCCGAAGAAGUCGCAUCCACUGGGACCAUGGGUCUCUAUCGAUCCGGAAGAUGAGUUCUUCAUCACUAUCACCAACAAAGAUCAGAUUGAAGAAGUAAUCAAAUGGGCACAGCUUGCAAUCCUCAACCCAGGCAGACCAACAGCUCAUUACAUUCCGGGACAGAACUCAGAAACUAAUCCUCUUGAUUGUGAGGUGAAAUUUUCGCCCAACAUAGUAAGAUUGGAUAUCUCAGCACCAGGAUUUCCGAGCUUGUCUUUCUACGACCUGCCUGGUGUCAUCAACCAGGUCGAAUUCGAUGAGGAACGCUACCUCGUAAACCUCGUUGAAAACCUUGUGAAGGAUUACAUCAGCCAGGAUAACUGUAUAGUUCUCCUCACGAUUACCAUGACGGAUGAUGUGAUGAAUAGCAGUGCAGCCCGGAUAAUGAAUGACGUCCGUGGAGCGAAACAGAGAGCGCUCGGCGUUCUCACCAAGCCAGACCGGAUCCCUCCUGGAGAAGAACUCAGCCAAUGGAUUGAGAUCCUCGAAGGUGAUAAGUUUGCUUUGGGACACGAUUACUAUGUUGUUCGCAACAAUCCGGAUCCGUCGGUUGAGCAUUCGGUGGCUCGACAGCAGGAGGAUGCGUAUUUUAUGUCUGGACCAUGGUCAACGGAUCUUGCAGCGUACCGUGAGAGAUUUGGAACCCGGAGUCUACAGACCGCUUUGUCAAAACUUCUGUUUCAGCAAAUCCAGGGAUGUCUACCAGGCAUCAUCGACGAGAUUAACAAGAAGGCUACCCGUAUUGAUGAUGAGCUUUCGAAGCUCCCUGCUCCACCGUCGGCCAAUGUUCCAUACAUCUUGUGCGAAAAGCUGUAUGAAUUCAAGGAAUGCAUUCGCCAUCAAAUGGACGGGGGCUCCAGGGAGUACCCCCUGAAGAAGCUCUGGUACAACAUUGCAGAAGAUUUCAAGCUCUCCUUGGUUAAAACCCGCCCAACAGUGAAGGUACUGGCAGAGGCUGAUAAGCAAUCCAUUUCCGCUAGCCGUGAUGACGACUCAGAAUGCGAGCUUGUCCAAUGCUCACCCAAGAGGAAACUACCUGAAGAUCCAUCUGGCCCACCAUCCUCAACUGUGCGGGGAAGACCUAAGAAACCAUCAGGAUAUCAUACUACACACUUUGAGAAUUUUAUGACACCCGCGAAAGAAUUCACGUGGGAAGAAAUCCGGGAUAUCAACAAGGACUCGGCGAGUGCUGGAAUCCCACAGCAGAUUAAUCCCAAGGCCAUAGACUUUUUGAAUCAAGUGAGUGUCGUCCACUGGAAGCAGCCAAUGAUAGCCUUCAUCGAUACAAGCCAUCAACUUGUGAGAGACACACUCUUGCGCGAACUGAACAACGUUUUUAUCCAGUACAACCAGACUGGCCUGUUCAGAGAGCUUGAGAGAACGAUCAGAAGCUAUCUGAAGAAGCUUAGAGCUGAACACCUCGCUCAUGCUGAGGAGAUAUAUCAAAUCGAACAUGAGAAACCUUUCACAAUGGCGACUACUGCGCUUGAUCAGGCGACGGCUGCGGCCUAUACAAACCUGGAGUCGCGCCGCUUCGAUGCCAGAGCCAACCAUUACCUGAGCCUCUUCCACAAGCUCCCCAUUGGGGACCCACGAAGGGAGAACGAAAAGAAGAAGCUAGGGAAUGCCGAAUUGGGCGCAGAUAAGUUCACGCUGGAAGUCAAAAUGAUGGCUAUAACCCGAGGCUAUUACGAAAUCGCUAGCUCGAGAUUUGUCGACUCUGUUUGUCAAUCUAUAUACACAAAGCUCUUCUUCAGAUGCCACCAGAGCCUGGUCAAAGCGAUUGAGCACGGCCUAGGGAUUCAGGCGGAAAACGCUGUGGAGCGUUGUAACGAGCUCAUGUCCGAGGAUAUUGAACGCCAGCGUCGUCGACAGUACCUGGAGAAACAGAAAGAGAAGGUCAUGAAAGCGCAGGAAUGGUUGAACGAGGAGAACGGAACUGCCCACGAGCAAGACGAUCCCCUGAAUUUUGAGCGCGAAAUCAAGUCGCAACCCCACGAUUGGUGA